AUGUCUUCCGUCCUUCCGAACACUGCAUCACCCGCCCUCAUCACCACUCCACUUCACUCCCCGUCUAAGGCUCGCCGAACCUGUUUCAACCUUGAGAUCCAGACAACUCCAGGCAUGCGGACGUGCCGAUCUGAAAUCCCCACCACCGUACGACCAUCUCAUGUUCGCGUGCUCGUGCUCUGUCUCAUGUUAGCCGGCGAGUCCGCCACUGACGUCUUGACGCACCCCAUGAAACCGUUCUCCGUGAUCACCAUCCUCCGUUCCUUCAUUCCGCUCCAUCCAUUCUUUCGAUCUCUUGUCACUUCAUCGUCGACAACAAACGUUCCCGCCAGCGGGGCGCUUGCCCAUACGUCAUCGGCAAACGCCCACCAUGCGAUGUCUUCACAAAACGUUAACAUAUCGUAUUGGCCGUCCCGUUCGGGUGACGACUCAUCGCAAGAACUUCUGAAGGAAGACACACAGGUGGGGGCGCCUAUCCACUAUCCGCAUGUCGAUCAUCAUCACCAUGAUGUCACGUCGGGUCGGCGCACGGACCCCAUCGAUUUCAUCGCACUCGGCGCCGUUGCAAACAGACGAUCAAAGGAAUGUCAUCGCCGCUGCCUUUCCUCUUCCAUCUCGACAAGCGCAACACUCCAUGGGGUUCCUCUUUACUCAUUCCUUCCUCGCGCUUGUCGAGCUGCUUUGGAAUCGACGGAAUCGCUCCUCCCACUUCUCUGGAACCGAGGUCACAGCCUCGCCUCUUUCUGGCACGGACUCCGGUCGCGAAACACCGCGCUCAACAAACUCAAAUGA